UACUUGCUUCGUUUUCAGCGGAAAAUGUGUGAAAGAGGAUUAUUUCGUUUUGUUGUCCAGAAUCGAUAGUGAAAGGUGUUAAUUUAUAAGUGAAUUAAUGAUUUUUGGCGCUAUUUCAUAAAAUGGCUCUUCGACGACACGCUCAAUUCCUAAGUCGUACAAUUCUGGUGCAGAACAACGAUGUGGACAAGGCAUGUCGCGUAUUGAAUCGCAUAUUAUCCAAGGAGGACAUAUUCGGCCAAUUCAGACGCACCAGGUACUACGAGAAGCCGACCUACGUCAGACGCAGAGUGAAUUUCGAAAAGUGUAAGGCGCUUUACAACGAGGACAUGGACAGGAAGAUCGCAUUUCUUCUACGGAAAAACAGAGUGGACCCUUUUCCUGGUGCGUCGUAAAAUUACUGAUCCUAGUCUCAAUUGUACAAUUGUAAAGGUACCCACAAGUUUACUCACAUGAUUUAUUUAUGAAUGCUGGUAUCAGAAAAAUAUAAAGAAUGACCUAUCGCAACAAA